AUGGCAGGUCCAGCAGAUGCUACACCUGUAGUGGAAGCCCAGAAACGAGCAGAACCAGAAUUGAAAAAUGUUAUUGAAUUCUUGAGAGGAAAACAUGGACCUAAAGUGAGAAGAGGUAUAUUGAAUGGUAAAAGAGUAGAUUAUUUCAAAGGCAAAACGGCCAUCCGUACUUUGCUUUCACCUCAGUAUCAGAAACUGAAAAAGGUACCUGAGAUCAAAGAUGAAGAAGAAGCUCAAGCUUUGAUGGUCAAGUUAUUACCUUUCGCAUUCUUCCUUCGAACGGAUCGACCUACACUUGCUGUUCCUCCACCUGCAGGUACACCUAAAACACUUCAACUAGCACCUCAACAAUCGUUUGAUCCAGUCUCAUAUUACACUUGGUUCUACGAUGGUUCACCUCUGUACACCAUCUUAGGCGGUGCAGCCAUGGUGGUCAUAAUGUUAGCUGGUGUCAUGUUCCCACUUUGGCCAAUUCAGUUGAGAAUAGGUGUUUGGUAUCUCUCAAUAGGCGUCCUGAUACUAGUCGGUCUAUUCAUAGCUUUAGCUAUUGUUAGAUUGAUCUUAUGGUGUAUAACUGUCUUAUCUAUGAAAAGAGCUAUUUGGAUUUAUCCAAAUCUGUUCGAGGAUGUAGGAUUUUUCGAUUCUUUCAGACCGGGAUGGGCAUAUGACGAACCCAAAAAGAAGAAGAAGAAGCGAUCUUCUACCGUACCUUCCUCCAACAAGAAAUCCAAAAUUCCUCAAUCAGCUUCAGAAGAACCUAUCGAUUCUCUAGCUCACGCUGCAGGAGCAGGUGACCCAGCCGCUGGAUCUCCUGGAAGUCCCACGACCGCAAGCGCCACUGGAGUUGAAGUCACUCCAAACCCAAAUGGAGUAUUGAGAAAUAGACAAGCCGCUACUAUCGAGGAGAUUGACGAUGAUGACUCAUAG